CUAACGUUUGUUUUCGUCGAAGAACACGAGAGCCACUCCGCUUGUUUUGAUUUGCGACGAAGGCGCACACGGUCGACGCCGUCGAGGCGGGUGUGCCUGCUUCGGCGUCUCGGCGAAGCGCGCGAGCAGGGCUGUCGCGUUGUCAGUGUUUAUUUUUAAUCCAUUUCGUGCGUUUCGGGGGCUAGUGCGCAAAAACCCAAAAUGCGGAGGAAUUGUUAAUGUGCGCUUUGUCAAAGUCUGUUUCCCCCCCGGUGGCUGGUGGGGUUUAUUCGUCUGCCAUCUUUACUGUCUUGGCUCAUUAACACGUAUUUGUUGGGGUUUCUGUUGGAGGAGCAUGAAUAGGUUGUAAUAACGAGCACGGUUAUGAAAACUGUGCUGGUUAUUGUCGUAUGCCGAUCGCAACCUUCUGCACGUUUCGACCUGUCAUUUCAUUCGUCGGAUUAAUCAACGCGUUUUACGAAACCCACACAUUGGCAUGUCAACUUUCCUGACGGAUUAUCGUCUCGACUCGAUGUGUCAGAGCAACGUGCCAGGUGUCAGUCACAGACGCGGACGGACAUGCAUUCAUUCAGAGGCAGCAGUCAGCACGGUGGGCGACAGUUGGUAGUCGAGCAGAAGCCGUUGGUUUCAUGGCGGCGGAGGAGGAAUGCGCUUUUGCAUCAGCUGUUUUCAGAUGGAAACGCAGUGUUUGAAUCCCGAUUGCAGCACAGUGGGGUUUUAACAGAUCUUAUGUCCGACCCUCUUCUUCACAGUGGCCGUGGGAGCCAUUGUCGGAUGGUUAGACAUCAGUGGGUACCAUCAUAAGGCAUUACGACAUCAGUGGGUACCAUAAUAAGGCAUUACGAAAGACAUCUUAACAUUGCCAUGUUUACUAAGGGGGAGGGUGUUAGGAGGCCGACAUGGCAUUGCCCUCUAUGAGAAACGGAGCCCCCCACAUUUCAGCUGGGAUAAUGCAAGUGAAAUGUAGUGAAGCAGCCAGCUGGAUGAGAAGACUCAACACAGAGCUGCUGCUGCGCCACUCCAUUGAUACCUGGGAAUGAUGUCAUCAUGCUGCUGAAGUCAGACAGUGGACCUGCUGAUGCAGGAGUCAGGCUGCAGACUGGAACACCCAUCGGCUACCAAGUUCCGCAACCAUGUCAUGGAGGGGGAAUGGGACAAGGCUGAGAAUGAUCUCAAUGAGCUGAGAGCACUGAUGCAUUCUCCCAAUGCUAUUGUGCGUAUGAAGUUCCUGCUGCUGCAGCAGAAGUACCUAGAGUAUCUGGAGGACGGCAAAGUCCUGGAGGCGCUGCAGGUGCUCCGGGGAGAGCUGACGCCUCUCAAGUACAACACAGAUCGGAUCCACGUACUCAGCGGAUACCUGAUGUGUAGCCACGCUGAGGACCUGAGGGCCAAGGCAGAGUGGGAGGGCAAGGGCACCGCGUCACGCUGCAGACUGCUGGACAAAUUACAGACAUACUUGCCACCUUCUGUGAUGCUGCCGCCGCGGCGGCUGCAGACCCUGCUGCGGCAAGCGGUGGAGCUGCAGAGGGACCGCUGCCUGUAUCAUAACACCAAGCUGGACAGUAGCCUGGACUCGGUCUCUCUGCUCCUUGAUCAUGUCUGCAGCAGGAAGCAGUUCCCCUGUUACACGCAGCAGAUACUGACAGAGCACUGUAAUGAGGUGUGGUUCUGCAAAUUCUCAAACGAUGGCACCAAACUAGCCACUGGCUCCAAAGAUACUACUGUCAUAAUUUGGCAAGUGGACCCGGAGAGCCACCAGUUGAAGCUGCUGCGAACCCUUGAAGGUCACGCAUACGGCGUCUCCUAUUUAGCCUGGAGUCCCGAUGACACCUACCUGAUCGCCUGUGGACCUGAUGACUGCUCUGAGCUCUGGCUCUGGAAUGUUCAGACGGGGGAGCUGCGGACCAAAAUGUCCCAGUCCCAUGAAGACAGUCUGACCAGUGUGGCCUGGAACCCUGAUGGCAAACGCUUUGUGACCGGAGGACAAAGGGGACAGUUUUAUCAGUGUGACCUGGAUGGUAACUUGUUGGACUCCUGGGAGGGCGUGAGAGUGCAGUGCCUGUGGUGCCUGGGCGAUGGCAGGACAGUGCUGGCGUCAGACACCCACCAACGUAUCCGGGGGUACAACUUUGAGGACCUUACGGACAGAAACAUAGUUCAGGAGGACCACCCUAUUAUGUCUUUUACUGUUUCAAAGAAUGGAAGAUUAGCUUUGUUAAAUGUAGCAACUCAGGGAGUACACCUGUGGGACCUUCAGGACCGGGUACUGGUGAGGAAGUACCAAGGUGUGACCCAGGGCUUCUACACCAUUCACUCCUGCUUCGGAGGACACAACGAAGACUUCAUUGCAAGUGGGAGUGAAGACCAUAAAGUGUACAUCUGGCACCGGCGUGGAGAGCUUCCCAUCGCUGAGCUAACAGGCCACACACGCACAGUUAACUGCGUGAGCUGGAACCCGGCCAUCCCUGGGCUCAUGGCCUCCGCCUCAGACGAUGGCACAGUGCGCGUCUGGGGUCCUGCGCCCUUCCUCGACUCACAAGAGGCGGACGGACUCAACGAGAACUGCAGUAACAUGGACAGUUGAUGGUCACUCAUGGAGCAAAUGACAUCUCUCUUUGACAACAAUCCAAGAAUCCCACAGCAAAACAAAAUCUAAACGGGCAAAUGAAAUCUAACAACCUAAAGAAAGUCAAGACAAACAAACAAAAGCCACCAAGACAAAAGAGAAAACAAAAAAGUGAGAAAAACUCGUCUCCCCGACUGGCCUAGAUAAAAUGGUGGCGGUGAUGACGGACACGGAAAAAUUCAAGUCCUCAUCCAAAACCUGAUCUCGACCCAGAGCCCUGAGAAAACCAGUCAAUGCUCAGUGGGAUACGACCGGCAUCCACUGGUGAGCUGUGACAGGCUGUUCUCCAACUGACCCCCCCCCCCCCAAUCUCGCUGCAUGGUCACCUGCCAUGCCAGUUUCUCCCAGGAAACCCACCACCACCUGGAGCUUGGAGCACAUCAAGACCCCGUGAUGCCCCCAGACUGACACGGCAGAACAACCAUCUUCUAAUUGGACUACAUCUGACUGCCUGUUCUGUCGUUCACCGUACCUGUAUAAUGUCUCCAUGGACACGGGUGGGCUGUUGUUGGGGGAGGAUGAUGCUGCGUAGGGGAAUAUAGCAACACUUCUGUAUGUAUUUUUUUCUUCUUCCCCCCCUUUCUUGCUAUAUCCUUCGCAUUCGAUAAGUUGGACAAAGGCCAAAAAUCCACCAUAAAAACACUGACCGACCAGCUGACAGAGAACACAAACACAAGGCUAUGCUAAAUGUUGGAAUUUUUUUAUGAUAGUCAUAGCAUUUAUUCUCAUUUAAGAGGUGAAUCUUAGCUCGAGUAGUGCCCGUGGAAAGCUUUAGUGAAGAUUCCACUUUCUGUUUCUCGACAUUAGGAAAAACAAACUUUUUAUUCCUUAAUUUAACUUCUAACAAGGAUCAUUCGCUGUAAUGUUUCCAACUGACAGCCCCUCUCCCCCCCAAAAACCCCUCUGUCCAGCUAGCUACCGCACAACUCCAUUACAUCUGCCUAAGAAACGACGGACAGAGGGAUUCACAGGUCACAUAUCAGCGGUGAGGGGGUCAAACAAUAUUGAUGAGGUGGGGUUUCCACUGUCAGGACACACACUAUGACCCUUCUCAAAAGAUGUGCUUUCACAUGUCGAGUGCGAUUUAGAUUGCUGUCCCUCCUCUGUGUGUGCGCCAGCGUGUGUGUGAGAGAGUGUGUGUGUGAGCGAGCGAGCGAGCGAUUAUGCAUACACACAUUAAUGUGAGAAUUUACAUUUGGAGCGUGUUUUUGUAUGCGUGUACAACUCACACCAGCAGAAAAUACUCACCCCUCCCCUCUCCCCUCCGCCCCUAAUCCCAUAGUAAAAUUGUAAAGAGGAUUUUAAACCAAUUCUAAGUUAUCCAAAGCCCCUUAAGGACCUCUAUCUGUGGAACAAAGAAUACUCGAGAGCCAUUUUGUAAAAGAAACUUUUUUUAAUCUGGGGCUUUGAUUUUUACAUUUAAGGUUGUUGUUUUUUUUUUUUUCUCUCCUUACCACGUGGCAUUCAAACGACACUGAGUUAUAGGCAUCGAAUCAUAUUUGAAGGAGAAGAAGAAAAAGGAAAAUUAAGACGGAGCAAUUUGGUCGAGGCAUGUUUCAAAAAGCUGUUAAGUGUAUUAGCAAAGGGUCAUUUCAUGUGGGGAAGUUGAUUGUAAUUACUGGAUGAGUAGUUGGCACAGCCCUAGAGAGAAGAGGCACCAAUAAUCCCAACCAUGCUCUGAGCCCACAGUGUUGGGGAGUGUCGACGCAAAUCUUAAAACACACAAACUGCCUUCCUGUUCAUACAGUUGCACACAAACCUUCAGUAUGUAUGACACCCCCUCCCUCCGCCCAACUGCACUUUGAGUGGUCUUCUUUUUUUUUGCUCUCUUGCACCUUCUGCAAUGGCAUAAAUCCGUAAGUUUGUCGUGGCGUUGUGGUCGCCGCGCUCGCCACUCUUUUUGGCUUGAAAGGCUGCAUUCGGCAAAGACUCAAAACCGAAACAGGAGAUCGCUAAAGGAAUCAUGUCCUCUAUGCCUCUAUGCACCCAAACGCAGUGACUGAUUUAUCUUGUUGACGUUAUAAAACCUCUUGCAUAUAAAGCAUAAUGGCAGCCUCGUCUCGAGGGAGCCAUUAUGCCACUUGUGGAGCUUAGAGAGAAUUCAGCAUUAACUCCCCCCCGUUGCUCUCCAGCCAAGUUAUCCAGUGGUCAGUGCAACAUUCAAAGCUUUCUUCCUCCCUUUUUUCAGGGUAUGUAAUGACUAUUUGCUACAGACUGAUAUACAGUGAAAAUGUUUAAAAAAAACAGUGCUUUUCUGUCUGUUUUUAUUGAACUUUUUUGUUACUUAAAUACAUUUUUGUUGACAUUAUAUCAUUUUUGGUUGACCUCUAUCCCUGUAUGAUCAUAUUAAAAUAUAACCAGACACUUGGAGUCCUCAUUUUUUUUGUAAUCUUAACAAUCCCUCUUAACUUUCUUUUAUACAUUUUUUUUUGUUUCUUUGUAUUCAGUUUAAUUUUAUCCACCACUACUAUUACAAAUGAAUAUGCACAGUAACACCCAUGCCAACAGGAGCGGGAAGAGUCUUUAGGAAGUGUGUUACCUAUAAUCAAAUCAGGUUUGAACUGUCCACCCCUCGCCUUUAAAAAGAGUUUCCUUCAUGUGAAAAUCUCCUUCAUGGCGCGUAUGUGUAAUUGACCGAAAUCUCUCUUAUGGUGUGCCAUUGUUGAUCGACAGCUGCCACUUCUGACCCAUAUCGAAGCCAAAUCACUUGAGGCACAGCGUGUGUCUCACUCUGGAAACCUCUUUCUCCACUCCUGAACAACAGAAUGGAUCCCUCUUCCACACCCGACACUAUUUCGGAAGACUUGAGGCAAAUCGUCCUUCUUAAAGCCCAUCGUUCACCUGCUGGUGGCAAACGCUAUGUCUGUAUGCAACCUGGUGUCUCCUCUGUUCUUUUGUCUGAGUUUACCAAGGGAGUUGUUUGUGGUUUAAAUAUGUCUUAUUGCUCUCUCUCUGAGGUAAAGGUUGUGGCUGUGGGUAGGGGCUGGGUGGGGCACGUUAAGGGCUUGCUGUAGCAUCUCUAAAUUCCUUGGGCAAUGGUGGGAAGGGGCGAUGUGUGGGUUUGCGUUCAGUGUGUUAUUUACAAAAAGUGAUUGUACUGUUUUGUAUCGUUGUGUAGGAAAAGUGUUAUGUAUGCAUAUUUUCAAUAAAGCAUUCAGGGUUUUGAAAUUAAAAGUCCAUGGAAGUUUGAUGGGGCAGGAGAUUGCGAGGUCCACCCAUCAGAUGCCAAGAAAGCAUUUCUCCCACCCCCCACGACGAUAGGUGUGCAGAUCCAGGUUGGCCCUGAAUCACUGUCUUUGGCAAAGCAUGUGUCAAGUUUGGAAACACUUGAGUUGAAUUUGUGUUCUUGUGAAAUCAGUCAUUAUUUCUAAAUGUCUUGAAAGCAAUGUCUGGGGCCAGACUGGCUGGUAAGAGGUUACCGCCAAUGCCAGAAUUAGGAUAAGAAAAGAACAAUUGCCAAUAAAGUAAAACUAUUUUGAGUAA